ACAAUCAUUUAUUUUUUUCUCUUUUUUCACACGUACACCAUAACCAUCUAUUAGUAAAUUAAUCAUUUGAACACAUAGUUACCAGCGAACAAUGCAGUAAUGUUUACUCUUAUUCCGCAAAAACAUCAAAUUCAUUUAUAUUCGAACUUUCUUGCUAAGUGGAUGGUACAUAAAACAUUCUCAAUUUCGUAAUCAAAGAUUAACAAAUAAUGAUGCAUGCAUUUACAAAUUAGUCAUAUCAAUCGAUCUCAUGACAACCGUGACUCAGCACAUACGAAUUACUACAAAUAACUAUCACAUUCACCACCUUGAAAACACCUCCCUCUCUCCCUCUGUAAAUUGUCAUCACUCACCACAAAGAUCCAUCUCUUUAUUUUAAUUCCUUCCGCUUCUCUCAAAAAAAGCUUGUCCCCAAAAGAACAGAAAAUUCGCCUCCCAAUCUUUUGUAAUUUUCCCCACACGCCCCAACAACAAUUUCGCUUCCUCAGACGCAAAAAUCCAAAUCCCCUCCACCAGACCACCACCGUCUUCAAUUCAAAUUCCCCUCACGGCCUCCUCCACUCUGUACUAUAUAUACACUCUCCCCACAAAAUCCGCCAUUGAAAUUGAACCAACCCACCUUCCCCAUGGCCUUUUCAAUCCGCCGCCACUCUGUUCCCCUUUCCCUCUUCUUCCUACUCUUCCUGCUACCCAAACUCUACUCUAUCGAUUCGAAACCAACCCACCAAAUUUUCGCCCUGAAAACAGAGACCCACCACCGGAUUCCCAAUUCCAGGCUGUUCGGCACCCUCGCCGCCGGUUCCAAAUCCGACAAGAUGCUCUUCCACCACAACGUCUCCCUCACCGUUUCCCUCACCGUCGGGUCGCCGCCGCAGGCAGUGACCAUGGUGCUCGACACGGGUAGCGAGCUGUCCUGGCUCCACUGCCGGAAAUCCCCCGGAUUGAAUUCCAUAUUCAAUCCGUUGGCUUCCAAAUCGUACGCCAAAGUCCCCUGUUUCUCGCCCGCUUGCCGGACCCGGACCCGGGACCUAUCCAUACCCGUCUCCUGCGACCCGGCCAAGCUCUGCCACGUCGCCGUCUCCUACGCCGACGCUACUUCGAUCGAAGGCAACCUCGCCUACGAGACGUUUAGGGUCGGUUCGAUGACCCGACCCGCCACUCUGUUCGGGUGCAUGGACUCCGGGUUCAGCUCCAACUCCGAGGAGGACGCCAAAUCGACCGGGUUGAUGGGGAUGAACCGCGGCUCGCUUUCCUUCAUCAACCAAUUGGGCUACACGAAAUUCUCCUACUGCAUCUCCAGCCUCGGCUCCUCCGGCGUCCUCCUCCUCGGCGGCGGCGCCGCCUCCUUCUCGUGGCUGAAACCGCUCAAAUACACCCCGAUGGUGAAAAUCAACGACCCGCUCCCGUACUACGACCGGGUCGCCUACACUGUCCAGCUCGAGGGCAUAAAGGUAAACAGCAAAAUCCUGCCCGUGCCGAAAACCGUCUUCCAGCCUGACCACACGGGGGCUGGCCAGACCAUGGUCGACUCGGGCACCCAGUUCACGUUCCUGCUCGGCCCGGCCUACACCGCGCUCCGAACCGAGUUCCUCGCCCAAACCAGGCGGGUUCUCCGAGUCCUGAACGACCCGAACUACGUGUUUCAGGGGGCCAUGGACCUGUGUUACCUGAUCGACUCGACCCGGACCGCGCCCCCACCCGGCCUGCCCUCGGUCACCCUGAUGUUCCGGGGUGCCGAGUUCAGCGUGUCGGGCGAUAAGCUGUUGUAUCGGGUGCCCGGUUCGCGAAGGGGCAGGGACUCGGUGUGGUGCUUCACGUUCGGGAACUCCGAGCUGCUCGGGAUCGAGGCGUUCGUGAUCGGACAUCACCACCAACAGAACGUGUGGAUGGAGUACGAUCUGGCUGGGUCGAGGAUUGGCAUCGCUGAGGUCAAGUGCGACGAUGCCGGUCGACAACUUGGGUUACAUGAUUAGUGAAAUUUAGACACGUGUUUGGGAGAAGCAUUGUAAAUUAGUAAAAGGGUGGGUUAAUUUUUGUGUGUGUGUGCGGAGUAGAAGACACGUGUUUUUGCUGUCUGAUUCAAGGGGUUCGUCUCAGGUGGGUUGACCGGAGAUGGGCCAGUGAUCGGACAAUGGUGGCUAUGGGGGAAGUAAAUAUCGGAAUGGUUUGUGGGUUGGGUUGGGUUUCCUUGCCUUAUUGUACAUUAGUGCGGAUUUCUGAAUCAAUUUCAGCCUCACAAGAAAAAUGUCGACUGCUUUACCCUCUUUCUAACUCUAGAAUGUGAUCAUAAUCAUAUGAUAGUGCUUUUUCGUACUUUGUUUUGUUUUUGGAGUUAAACCAAAUAAGAAAGCAAAAGGAAUUUUCUUUAUUCACACGUAUAAAGUACGAAUGACCAU